UACGGCUUUGUAAAGCGUCUGAUUGCUUUGCUUCCAGGGUUGUUCUGGCCAUGCCUUGCCUUUCACUUGGAUGGAUACGAGUCGGUUGUUCAGUAAGACGCCCAACUUUAAGUUGUUAUUUGACCAGUUGUUAGGUGUCUCAUAGGCAACGUAUGGAUGUUCAUCUGUAUCUAACGAUCAUGUGGUACAGAGCCCAGAAAGGGUAGUAGGAUUGUUGGUCCAAAACUAAGAUCAUUCUUGAGCAUGGGAUCACUACCAGGAUUUCCUUCACUUAAAAGUAACAUCAUUGCAUACACCAGGUUAGAGAAGCUUCCUUUUGAAAAUUUCCUCUUUCAGCUAGAUAGGUUGGUCUUCUCCAUACUUUGCGUUCAGAUUUACUCCUCUUUCUAAUCUUGAUAAAGGAGAGGACUCAUCAUAGAUUGGGACUACUACUUCAAUGCAGGAUUGAGCAAUCGUGGUGAUAAUUCUUUUUUUUGGAAAUCCAUAUUGGUAUGGACACUAUAAUAUGGUUUGCAUUCGUGUAGGUUGGGCCAGCUUUGUUUUUUGUUAUGUGUAGUUUAGGUUUUUUCUUCACUGCAAGUGUAAUGAACUUCAAGGAGUAUCAUGCGGUGGAGAAGAUCUCACAUGCCAAUAAGGCUGAUGUCAAUGUAUGCGGACCGAACACUUGCAAGUUUCUUCGUCAAGGACGCCGUCUGGGCCUGCUUCCUACCGCCGCUCGCCGACCAACCGCCGCUCGCUGACGGAGAGGCGCUGCUGGCGUGCGGGAAGAAGGACCUGUUCCUCCGCCUCUCCGGCAGCUCCGUCCUCCUCCCAGGCGGACUCAUGAGCAUGUGGCUGGACAGGGAGACCGCCGCCAAGUGCUACAUGGUGGCGGCGAGGGAGCUGUCCAUCGCGUGGCGCGACACACCGCAACACUGGACCUGGAUCCCUCUCGAGGACUCCAGGUUCUCCGACAGUGCUGAACUCAUCUGGGUUUGUUGGUUGGAAAUCCGCGGCAAGAUACACAGCAAGAUGCUGUCCCAAGGCUCAACUUACGCCGUUUACAUCGUGUACAAGCUAGCAGAGGAGCCCGACGGGCUCAACUUUCCGGUCAAUGCAUCGGUGAGCGUUGGAGGAAGCAUUCUUGCGUCCAAGGUCUGCCUCCAACGUGACCCGCACAUGAUCCAUCCCGAGGACGUAGCGCUCCCUCAUCAAAGGGUCGAUGGUUGGAUGGAGCUGGAGUUGGGUGAGUUUGUUUGUGAGGCGGGUGAAGAUGGCGACGUGUCCUUUGGCCUGUCAGAGACUGAAUCUUUGUACUGUAAGAGCGGUCUCAUCUUGCAGGGCAUCGAGAUCAGGUGUAAGAAUUAGAUCAGUCUAAUUAAGGGAAUGAGCUUUUGGGAUCAGCCGAACGCAUCCCGCAGAGUUGUCGAGUGCACAGGGGAAACUAAUUAAGGAGGCAUAUUUGUUCAUCAUGUUA